AUUUAGGCUUCAAAAUGUAUAAAUGUUGUGUUAACUUGUAAAGAUUAUCUUGAUAGACAAAACGUGUAAGUGUCAUAACCCUUUGUUAAACACAGAGCUUAUUUUCUGCGAAUUUCCAAAAUGGGAAAAACGCAUAGGCUUUCAAUCGAUGGAACCCGUGCGCCGCUAACUUCCGGGUUGGCCUACAAAAACAGGUCAUCCCUGGGGUACUUCCAGUUUUCAGUGUCACAUGACCUUUCAGAUAACAUUUUACAUUGAUUUGCUGCUAAAGAAAUCUUAUCACAGUUUAAGUCUUGCGCUGCUUAAUGAAAUGUGGAAACUGACAGACAUUGUUUUUUUUUGUUUUUUUUUUUUAAAGCUUCUGAAAUUAUUGUAAUUUUUGAUCAAUAUCUUUGCUGAAAAAGUAUUCAUUUUAAGGGUUAGGCCGGGCGUGUGAAAAACAUUAAAAAUAAGUUGUUGUUGUUGUUUUUUUUUUUAACAUUUUUAAAAUCAUUUUUAUAUAUCUUCAUUUACUGCAGCUCAUGAUAGCACGCGCUCUCUCUUUGUCUUCCUCAGAAAACCGCGAACUCGCAUAAUUCAAAAUUUAACGGUCAUUCAUUUUACCGGUUGAUUGACUAUCAUUCGUUUAUUGAUGUCUUUCUUUGAUAAUUAUGUAAAGAUGUGAUUGUAUAUCCAUCUCUUGGCAACGCCAAUGAAUUUAGGUUUGGUGAAGCUCUCCUGACCAGCCGGACCAUUUUUCUUCAAACUUCUGUAGGAGGCGCUGUGACAUUGUUUAGUCUACCGGUAAAACCACUAAAGAAAGAAAGGCUGGAGCCCUCAGACGAUGUUGACCAUGAAAGCGCAGAUGGAUGUGAUCUGCUGUAAAUCAGUAGGAACUGAUCUGUCCAUGCUGGAUAUUGAGGAUUUCAUCAGUGAAAUCUGUCAGCUGAAGAAAGAGGUGGCGUCACUGGAGGCAAAGCUGAGAGAAAGAGGAGACAAACCCAACAGAGAGGAUUCAUUCUGGAGCAUCAGAAAUCAGAGAUCCAGAGACACACAGGACUCAGAGCUCAGCCUCACUUUACUGUGUUAUACUGACGCUCAGGAUCAUGGAUCCGCUGAUCAAACCUCUGACUGUAACGCUGGAGAACAGCAGAUGCUGCAGACGCCGCUGAAGAUGUGCUCCGUCAAACUGGUGGACUGCAGGAACCUGAUAGAGAGCAGAGGAGAAAAAAACACAGCAGAGGAACAACAACAGAGACAUGAGGAGGAUGAUGAAGAUGAUUAUCAGAAUAAUGAGGAUGUUGAUGAUGAAGAUCAGAAUGAUGAUGAUGACUUUGUUCCUUCAGAUGACAAGGCUGGUUCAUCUUCUGAUGUAGAAACUGCCUUUACAUCCAAAGAGCGACAGACAGUGACAGACUGUGGAAAAACAUUCAACAAACAGGAAAAUUUAGCGAGACGUAAGAGAAAACACUCAGAACAAAUAGACUUCACCUGCAAGAUAUGCGACCUCAGCUUUCCUACUUAUGCAGAGAGGAAACUUCAUUCAAAAGAGCACACCGUGAAGAAGGAGUUUCACUGUGAACAGUGCGGGAAGGAUUUUUUCACCACUCCUUAUAAUAUGAGAGCUCAUAUAAACACACACAGUGAAAAGACUUUACAAUGCAACGUCUGUAACAAAUAUUUCCGCACCAACGCACAUCUUUCAAUGCAUAUGAGAAUCCACACGGGCGAAAAGCCAUACCAGUGCCCUCACUGCGAGAUGAGCUUUGGCCGGGGAUCCCAUCUGAAGAGCCAUGUACUCGUACACACCGAUGCGAGGGUGUACCAGUGCCCUCACUGUGAGAAGAGCUUUAAUCUCGGAUCAGCUCUAAAGAAACAUCUACUCGUACACUCCAGUGAGAGCCCGUACCAGUGCCCUCACUGCGAGAACACCUUCAAACAGGUAUCCCAUCUGAAGACCCAUUUACUCGUGCACACUAAUGAGAGGCCGUAUCAGUGCAGUGAAUGUGGGAAAAACUUUACAAACUCAACUUCUCUGAAGUCACACCAAAAAAUACACUCUGAUUUCAAACCGUAUCAGUGUUCAUACUGUGAGAAACGAUUCCAUCAUUCAACUCACUGGAAAACUCAUGAGAGGAUUCACACCGGAGAGAAACCGUACCUGUGCUCCUACUGCGGGAAGAGCUUUUCUAGUCCAUAUCCUUUUAAAGUUCAUCUCAGAGUUCACACUGGAGAAAGACCGUAUCGCUGUAGUGAUUGUGGGAAGGGCUUUUAUAUGCUAAGUGACUUAAAAAUACAUCAGAGGACUCAUACAGGAGAAAAACCUUAUAAAUGCUCACAUUGCGACAAGGCUUUUGCUCGUUCGAGUGCCAUGAAGGUCCAUGAGCGAAUGCAUACAGGAGAGAAACCUUACCGCUGCUCCAUCUGCGGCGAGAGAUUCACUUUUAAAUGGGGUCUUCAGAGUCACCAGAAGAAACACGCUGAGCCAGAAUCAUCAUAGCUUCAUCAUGUAAAUCUAGAGUAUCUCACAGUACACCCCUCAUGUUUUUGUAAAUAUUUUAUUAUAUCUUUUCAUGUGACAACACUGAAGAAAUGACACUUGGCUACAAUGUAAAGUAGAGAGUGUAUAGCUUGUAUAACAGUGUAAAUUUGCUGUCCCCUCAAAAUAACAUGGUUGUGCAAAUUAACUGUCAUCAUACAAUCACACUUAACAAACCUGAUUAAAAUAAAUAACACACAA